GGUGUCUCCCCUGAGUGCCUCUACAACAAAGAGCACUCCUCCAUGCGCCAUGUUGUGGAAAGGUGUAUCGGAGUGCUGAAGAGCAGGUUCCGCUGCUUGCAGCGCUACAGAACCCUGUUCUACAGCCCCAGCCGAGCAGGGGCAAUUGUUUCAGCCUGUGCUGCUCUCCACAACAUUGCCUUGGAGGCAGGCGAGCCGGUGUUCGACGAGGACGUCGACAGCGGGGAAAUGCCAGGCCAGGACGAUGCAGAGCUGCCACAAGCCUCGCAGGCGCUGCCGUCGUUGCGGGAGAUCUACCUCAGGGGCAGGCAGCAGCGCGAUGCCGUCGUCAGCCUUUUCUAAUGUGUCCAAGACAUGCCUGGCGACAGCACACCAUCACCAGCACAGGACUGGACCCUGGAGGCUGGCCCUGCCCCUGAGUUCUGCGAGAAGAGCCUCCUGCGCAUCAGCCGCCCGCUCCGCAGCCUCCGCCGUUCGCCGCAGCAGGGCCGUGUUGCGUUCCGCGGCUAUGGCGAGCCGCUCGAUGGAAGAGCGCAUGGCCUCGGCCACCUGAAAUCGUUGUGUGGACAACCAUGAACUCUUCGCUACCAGCUGUCUCCUGGAAGCUCUUGCUUGCAGGAAUCUGCGUGUGCACAACACUUUCCUCUCUGACGAAAAGCCACUGGCCUGGUGGCAUCCAGUGGUGGUGCCAAGUGCGACGUACAAACUAUGCGCCGUUUGUUUGGACAGACCAAGGUCUUGCCGGAACUCCUCUUCAGUCAUCAACUCAAACGCAUCUCUCACCUCCAAACAGCCCUUUUCAGGGCUAACCAGCUGUUUGUCCGGCUGUAGGUCACUUGGGAGCUCAGACUCAGUUUCCCAAUUACACAUGCAUUUUCUAUCUGUGCUCACAGUAUCUCGCAGUCAUGAUUCCAUCAUGAACCACGAGUGCUAACAUUGUUUUCUUGCCAUAACCUACAAAACACACAAGGAUCUACUUACCCUGAGCAGGUCAGUGCCCUGGAGAAG